UUUUUUAAUUCCUUUGUUGUAGGUUUUUAGUGCUUUAUUUUCCUAGCCCUAAUUAUCACUAAUCAAUAAAUAUUAUAUUGAGAUGUUAUAGCCGCCGGGGCUCCGCAUCUGGCCCGCAUUCGAUAUUGCCAUGUACUAUUAAAUGGUACCUACCUACUACUGCAGCAGCACUGCGACUCUGUAGCUUGUUGUGCGAUUAUGAUAUUCAAUAUUGUUUAAACUAUUAUCGUUAUAAUAAUGUCAUUAGGCUUGACUGACGAGUAGAGUAGUCCGUAGUAUAGACGACCACCGUACCACGACAGCGUAGACGGUGUAGUGUGGACGUACUGUUGCGUUUAUAAAUCUGUGCUUUGAAGUUGACCUUGACGUGUUAUACUAAUACACUGUACUACUGUACUAUAAUAAUAUUUUUAAAAUGCCUGAUAUAACCUUAAAACGUAAACGGUUAAGCGGUUCCCAAUAUAAUAUAAUAUUGUAAAAGACAAUAGUCAUCUACUCUAGCUACACUUCGUAGUUAGGCAACGAGUGGGUAAUCAUAUAGUUUCCUUGUGAGUGUAUUGUACCUAUAAUAUUUGUUCGAGCGUAGCGCGAAAGUUUUUUUUUGGUUAUUUACUUGUAAAAAAAGGCGUAUACCGAAAUAGGGACGUCAUAUUUUAUGCCUCCUCUCACAUACAUUGUCCCUUAUACGGCCUUGAUCCGACCGCCUUUACGGGUUUCCAGACGAGUCGCAGGAGACGACUUUGUGACGUCACACUAGGGACGAACCGAGGCAAAAGCUUACGGAGACGACCCCGUCCAGACGCGACUAUUAUUAAUUAUGCGGCGAUACAAUUAAUAGCAAACGCAAGCAAUCGUUAGGUCAGAUUAAUAUCCGUUAUUUCGGCAUAGGAGGAAAUAUUAUUCGCUUUCGUCGUCCCGCCAACAAUAUCAGACGCAUAACAAUAUCAUCAUAGAAAUUGUUAUUGUAAAUUCUAUUAUAACAUUAUUUUUGUUCGAUGUGAAAUAAUAUUGUGAACGGCGGGUACAAGACGACGGCGGCGGCGGCGCGCGUCGACGAUCGAGCGAGCGGGCACCGCACGAGAACGAUAAUUUAUUAAUAAUAUUUACUUCGCGGCUUCACGCGUUAAAGUCUCAAUAUUACUUUUCGUCGUACGGACACACACACACACACGCGCACAUCAUUGUCAAAUCGAUGGGCCGUCAUUUCGCUCCGAUCAGGAAUUCUAAUAACGUAUAAAAAUAAACACCGUUCGGGUUUGCCGAGAACACGUUCGCGGGGACGCCACUCCGGCGCAUCCGACCGCCUACUAUUUAUAAAAUUAUAAUUUAUUGGUCGAUCGGAAACGCGCAAAAGCUUCACGGAGACGACCGCGUCCGGACGCGACUAUUAUUACGCGGCGAUACAAUUAUUAAACGGCAAACGUAAACAAUCGUCUGAGAAGGAAUAUCAUUGGCCAUGGUCGUCCCGCCGAGAGAUAUCGACACGCGCGUGACGUUAUUGUAAAUUCUAUAAUAACAUUAUUUUUGUUGAACGGCGUCGGCGGCGCGCAUUGAUCGACCGAGAGCGGCGCACACGAGAACGAUAAUAUUCACAUUUUACUUGGCGGCUUCACGCGUUAAAGUCUCAAAUCUCUUCCGUAUUACUCUUUUCGUCGUCGUUUUAACGUCGAAACGCCGACCGGAAAUCGCUGUUCCGCCAUAAGUGUCGUUACCUACCUACGCGUCUUAAGUGUUUCCGUCGUACCCGCUGCUGGUGCCAGCCGAUCGUCAUUUAUAUAAUAUUAUUUUCAAACAAAAUCAAAAAUAAUGUCCAGGACUACAGUGUAUGAGAGAUACAUCAAACAUAUCGAAAGUUCCACUCAAGAUUCUAAAUAUACAAUAUCAAGAUCAAGUACAGGAGCUCAGAUAAUAACUGAAGAUAAUGUAAUUGCAUCAACACCAACUAAACAAAAAUUGUAUAUUUGUGAUAUUUGUGAUGGACAGUAUUUACAGAAAGACAGCUUAAUAUCUCACAUUAAGAAUCAUAUGAAAGAAAGAAAAAUUGAAUGUCCUACUUGUAAUAAACGGUUUUUAAAAAUAGCACAUCUCAAACUUCACAUUAGAAUUCAUACUGGUGAAAAACAAUUCAAAUGCAAUGUUUGUCAUAGAUCAUUUGCACGGUUGGAUAAUUUAGAAAUGCACAGUAAUAAGCAUACGGGAAAAAAACAAUUCAAGUGUGGUAUUUGUAAUGUAUCGAUUUCACAUAUAACACUCUUAAAACGUCACCAUAAGACGCAUACUGGGUAUAGACCAUAUAAAUGUGAUUUUUGUCCUAAAUCAUUUGCACGGGUGGAUAAUUUAAAAGAUCACACGAACACUCAUACGAGAGAAAAUCAAUAUCAAUGUAGUAUUUGUGAUAAAUAUUUUACAUACAAAGCACUCUUAAAACGUCACAAUAUGAUUCAUACAGGGUAUAAACCGCAUAAAUGCGAUUUUUGCAAUGAAUCAUAUUCACGGUCGGAUAAUUUAAAGCGUCACAUAAAGAGGAUUCAUUCGAGAGAAAAACAAUUAUAAAUAUAAUCGUAAUAAAUGGCUACUUUGUGAAGGACACAUACAACUUCACAUCACAUACUGAAGGUAAUCAUUCAAAUGCAACAUUUGUAUACACAUUUUUCUUAUGUAAUAUCAUUAAGUAAUCACCAAAUUAUUCAUAACAUUCAUUAACCUUUUAAUUGGGAUACAUGUAAAAAAUAUUUAAAACAGAAAGCACAUACAAAAAGUUUGGUGAAAAAUCGUAACAUUUAUUAUUUAGUUUAAUAGAUUAAAAAUAAAGCAGAAGGAAUUAUGGGAGUUCCACCUUCCUUUCUGAAGAACAUACUGUUAUAUGUAUUAAUUUUUAUGUUAUUGUACAAAGUUUAUUUUAUUAUAUUUGAGUUAAAAACAGCAUAGUUUUUAUUAUUUAUGUUUAGAAAUGUUAUUUUAAUUAAACAUAUGUCAUCAACUUUAAUUAUAUUGUAACUAUAUAUCUUACCAUACAGUAAUUUGGUAUUUUUUAAAAUUACAUUGUCUUGAUUAAACAAAUGGUGGUUUGUCUUCUUAUUUUGUAAUACGUUGAAAUGUAGUAGGAAUUAAGCACACGUACAUAAUAAUUUAUACAACAGCUUAAAUAUAAUAUAUUAUAUAAAGUGAUUCUUUAACAAAGCAGCCUUUUUUUUUCAGUAUAAUAUUUCUUAAUCUGCUGCAGCCUAGUCGAAAUAUGUUUUGGCUUAAUAGACUGUGGGCAGGUAGUUAAUAUACAUAAUAUUGGUAUACUGCAUAAAGCGAGAUAACACAACUUGUUUGUGUGUAUCUAGACAAAUUUCUCCCACCACACAGGAAUGCCCAGCAAUUAACGAGUUUAGGUCGCCUCCCAGUUGCGUUCUCUCGCUGUACACACUAAAGUAAUUGUUUUUAAUUGUUAAUCUCCUUACAUUAAGAAAUAAUUACAUCGGGGGGCAAUAAUACUAUAGUUAUUACAAAAAAUAUUCUUUUUGUUGUAAUUAAAAGGCAAAUGACUGUAUACUUGAAAAUUUCACUGAAUGUUUAUAUUAGCAUUUUUUAUACACGA